AUGUCCGAGCAGCCUCAGAACCCCGCCCAGCCUCCUGCUGCCGCCCCCGCCGAGGGUGGCCCCGCCGCCCCCUCCAAGUCGGAGAUUAAGAAGCGCGCCAAGGAGGCUGAGAAGGCCAAGAAGGCCGCUGAGAGAGCCGCCCGCGAGGAGGAGGAACGCAGGAAGCGCGAAGCCGCUGCGUCCGUAGACAACGCCUCGCAGAACUACGGCAAGCUGCCCCUGCACCAGUCGCAGGAGCGCCUUGGCCGCCAGUACCUCCAGUUCGACAAGAUCUCGGACGCCGAUGUCGGCAAGCAGGUCGUGUUCCGUGCGCGCAUGCACAACACCCGCGCUCAGGGCGCCAAGAUGGUCUUCCUCCAGUUCCGCCAGCAGACCGAGACGCUCCAGGGCGUGCUUGUCCAGUCCAAGGACACUGACGAGCACCAGGUCUCGAAGCAGAUGCUCAAGUAUGCGAUCACCGUUCCCGCCGAGUCCAUUGUCAUUGUUGAGGGUGUGAUCAAGGCGGCUGAGGUCAAGUCGUGCACGAUCCAGACGUACGAGGUCUCGGUCCAGAAGCUCUACACUGCCGUAGAGGCCCAGACCCUCCCCUUCUCGAUGGCCGAUGCGUCGCGUGACGAGGCCGACUUCCAGAAGGCGGAGCUCGACGAGAACCUCCAGUACUCGCGCGUCAACCUCACCACCCGCCUCGACCACCGUGUCAUGGACCUGCGCACGCCCGCUAACCAGGCCAUCUUCCGCAUGCAAUCGGGCAUCUGCCAGCUGUUCCGUGACCACCUCAACGGCCUCGGCUUUGUCGAGAUUCACACCCCCAAGCUCCAGGGCGCUGCCACCGAGUCGGGAGCGUCCGUCUUCAAGGUUAAGUACUUUGAAGGGGAGGCGUUCCUCGCCCAGUCGCCCCAGCUCGCCAAGCAGAUGUGCAUUGCUGCCGACAUGGAGCGCGUGUACGAGAUCGCCCCCGUGUUCCGUGCCGAGAACUCGAACACUCACCGUCACAUGACCGAGUUUAUGGGCCUCGAUCUCGAGAUGGCCAUCACCGAGCACUACCACGAGGCGCUCGAGGUCAUCGACUCGAUGCUCAAGGCCAUCUUCCACGGCCUCAAGGGCAAGUUUGGCAAGGAGAUCGAGGUCAUCCGCCGCCAGUUCCCCAGCGAGGACUUUGUCGUGCUCGACAAGACGCCGAUCAUCGAGUUCAAGGAGGCUGUGAAGAUGCUCCAGGAGGCCGGCGCAACCGAGUCGGACGGCUCGGCCCUCCAGGACAACGCCGACCUUAGCACUGAGAACGAAAAGUUCCUCGGCAAGCUCGUCAAGGAGAAGUACAACGGUGCCGACUACUACAUUGUCGACAAGUUCCCCUCCGACUUCCGUCCCUUCUACUCCAUGCCCACCCCCGGGAACCCUGCGACUGUCAACUCGUACGACAUCUACAUGCGCGGAGAAGAGAUCCUUUCCGGCGCCCAGCGUAUCCACGACCCCGAGUUCCUCACUCAGCGCAUCAAGGAGCUCGGCAUGAACCCGGACGAGCUGAAGGACUACAUUGACGCCUUCCGCCUCGGCUGCCCUCCCCACGCCGGAGGUGGUAUCGGUCUCGAGCGUGUGCUCAUGUUCUACCUCGGCCUUGGCAACAUUCGCCGCGCCUCGCUCUUCCCCCGCGACCCCAAGCGCCUUAAGCCUUGA